UUUUCUACGGGCUGGUGACGUCACGCCUGGUCAGUAUGGCGGCCGGCGUCCUGGAAAGAGCAGGGAUGUGGUGGCUGGUGAUGGCGGCGCUGUGUUGGGUGGUGAACGGGCAGGAUUCUCUGUACGGAGCCCAGGACCCCGGUAUACACAUUCUAGACCGGAGGACAGUGAAUGCCGCUCUGUACAAUUCCUCCUCCGCCUGGCUGCUAGAGUUCUACUCCUCUUGGUGCGGACACUGUAUCAGUUACGCCCCCACCUGGCAAAGCCUGGCCGCGGACGUGCAGGACUGGCAUCCGGCAAUAAAGAUUGGUGUGUUAAACUGUGCCGAUGAGGAAAAUACAGCCAUCUGCAAGGACUACGGUGUCCAGUUCUACCCAACGUUUCGGUUUUUUAGUGCACUUACAAAGGAUUUUACACAAGGUGAAAACUACAAAGACUCUGACAGACAGGUUCAGACAGUGCGCUGUGGGAUUAUAGAUUAUCUACAGGCUGCCCCCAAGGAACACCAGCAUCCUGUUUACCAUGCUCUGGGGCCAAUUAGCUCAAGUGAUAUCAGCUCUCUCCUUGGUCGAAAGGAACCUCACUACACUGCUAUCAUUUUUGAGAGUGAGAAGUCCUAUAUUGGGCGGGAGGUAAUAAUGGACUUGAUGCAGUAUGAAAACAUUUUGGUGCACAGAGCGUUAAGUUCAGAUAAGGCUGUGUUAGAGACGCUUGGUAUUGUCUCUGUUCCAUCAUGUUACCUGAUCUACCCCAACGGUACGCACGGAUUAAUUAACAUCGUUAAACCUCUGCGAUCCGUCUUCUCCUCUCAUCUUAAAUCUCUGCCUUCUAUAAGGAAGAAGGCAGGGGCACGCUCUGACCUUCCAGCAAGGUUGGUCCCAGAGGUUGUCAAAGAGGAGGUCGUCUGGAAAGAAUAUGACAAGUCCAAGAUUUACACAGCCGACCUGGAAUCAGGGUUGCAUUACCUCUUGCGAGUUGAACUGGCCACCCACCAGACACUUGAGGGGGAGAAACUGAAAGCAUUCAAAGAUUUUAUAACCAUCCUGCAUAAGCUGUUCCCAGGGCGCCUCCAUGUAAUGAAGUUGCUGGAAACACUGCAGGAGUGGCUAGUCAGUAUGCCUCUGGACAAGAUUCCUUAUGAUGCCAUCCUGGAUAUAGUCAACAACAAAAUGCGGAUUUCUGGAAUCUUCCUCACAAACCACAUCCAGUGGGUGGGCUGUCAAGGCAGCAGAUCCCUGCUGAGAGGAUACCCUUGUUCCCUGUGGAAACUCUUUCACAGUUUGACCAUACAAAGUGCCACACAGCCUGAAGCCCUGGCUAAUACUGCUUUGCAAGGUGACCCCCAUGCGGUGCUGAAGGUCAUGAGGAGGUAUAUCUGGGAAUUUUUCGGCUGUCGUGAGUGUGCGCAGCAUUUUGAAGCGAUGGCAAAAGAGUCUAUAGACACUGUGAAAACUGCAGACGAAGCGGCCCUGUGGUUAUGGCAGAAACACAACGUGGUCAAUAAUAGACUGUCUGGCGCGCCGAGUGAAGACCCGAAAAGCCCAAAAGUCCAGUGGCCAACACCUGACCUUUGCCCCGCAUGCCAUGAAGAGGAGGGUGGUGUCCAUAGCUGGAAUGAAAAGGAAGUUCUUGCCUUUCUUAAGCAACAUUAUGGUAGCAAAUACAUCUCCCUGCAGUAUGCUGACCCAAACACUGAACGGUAUGACCUAGAAGAUGGAAAAAGUGACAAACUCCCUACAAAAAGUCUAGGAAACGAUAACGACUCCGAAAAAGACAAGCAUCGCAAUCACCCUAGACCUGAAUUCUUAGACAAGUUAAUUCAAAAUCAACCAAACAGAAGCAAAAAUUCCAACCAGCAUCCUGAAGACAGCAAAACGCCUGUCACUUUUCUAGGCAUUGGCUUCUCCAACAUAGAUAUGAGUCUUUGUGUGGUCCUUUAUAUAACAUCUUCAUUAUUCCUUAUGGUUAUGUACUUUUUCUUCAGAGUCCGCUCGAGACGGUGGAAAAUUAGAUACAACAGACCUUAUGUAUAAGUGUGUGUAUGUUUUUGUUUUUUAAUUUAAAGUGUCUCGCCAUUGACUUAAGACCACAAGCGUUUUGUACUAUUUGCAGAACCAAGUCUGGUGAUCAGGGAUAUGUUUUAAUCUACAUUUUAACUCCUUAAACUGUUCUGACGGUGCUGCUGAGCAAAGUAUUUGUGGCUUGUUCAAAUUGCCUAUUUUUUAUAACCUGUGGCAAACAUAGCAAUUAGGCCAUUUUGAAGAGUUUUUAAUAUGUCCAUCCAGGAAGCCUUUGUUUAGAGUCUUGUGGCCUUUACCACCAGCUUGGACAUGCUUCAGAUCUAUAACUUGAAUUUGAGGGGCUGCCUGCUGUAAAACACAACGUGACAUUCCCUUCAGCUCGUGAACUUUUUGAAAAUU